GGUAUGAACAACAUGAAAAUGUAAAAUCCCGCACUAAAGAUGAAAUUUGAGAAACCUCCUCCUCCUCCCCCCACCCACGGCUAGACAGACGAUACCUAACAUUGCGGGCCGUUUAGUGCCACGAAUACUUGCAGUGCUUAAGAACAGUUCCAAACCUCUAGGCGAUGACUCCCAUAAUGCAUCUCGUCCUCUUAGUUUCCUGCUUCCGCUUCUGACCGGGUGAAGCUCUGGUGCGCAUGCGUGGUGGGACUAACUACUUAAAGCUAAUAGUUUCGCGUAGACGGGAUCGCGUGGAGCGGAGCACGUGGGGAGCGGUUAUUCAUCUCUCGUAUAAGGUCGUGCUUGCAAAACAAACAAAAAAAGCGGGAAGAUAACGGUGAGAUCUUGUUGCAGUGGAACAGGGAGAACGAGGUGAGUGAGUCGGAGGCCGGCUGGCAAUGAGGGAACAGAGGCUUCGCUGGGAACCUGCAACCAUUCACACUUCGCCUGUUUCUGCCUUUCGACGACUGGUGCAAAUCCUUCAGGCUGAUUCGCUUUGGUAGAAGCGGAAAGGGUUUCUGAGGGGCCGCUGGGGUUUGACUCCUUGCGCUUGGGAUCAGCUGGGUGGAGAGGGGCUCUGAGUUAUCUUCCCCACCCUCAGCUGAAACUUCGGACUAGCUGUGCUGCUUCUCUCAAGGCUUCUGUACAAUGGGCUUGUGGAGAGUUGGAGUGCAGGGAGAGAUUCAGAGUUUAAUUUAUUUUUUAUUCUGGAUAAUGUUACUGUGCAAAUUAGAUCAAUUGAUAAAAUUGACAUGCAUACGAAAUUUGCAAAAUCUGUUUGCAUGGGGAAUAUUUUUAUGCUCUCAAGCAACUUUCCCCAACCUGGUGCCCUUCAGAUGUUAGACCGCAACUCCCAGCGUUCCUGAUCAUUGGUCAUUCUGACUGAGGCUUCAGGUAGCGCAAAAUUUGACUAGCGAGUGAUUUAUCUAGCAUGUACUGAAAACUGACAAACUAAUAAAUUUUAGUAACAUAACUCAGCAUGAUAUACUGAGAUAGCUAACCUUGGAACUGCCACAAUUUAACUGUGCAUAAUAUUCUGAGAUAACUACAAUGUUGGAACUGCCACACUUGAAUAAUAUUGUAUUAGCAGCUGAUGCACAUUUGUUGUUAGUAAUAAACUUAUGAAAUGGAAAAUUUUCCACCCAGAGUACUAGAAAUUGUCUGCUGUUCCAUAUCAAUUCUCCAUUCCCAUAGUCUGGACCCUUCACCCAUGCCAGUUUGGAUCUGGUCCAGAAAAUUCCUGUCCAUUGGACCAACACACUUCCAGCUGGGGCAAAAGGGGAGGGAGUAUGUCCACCAACCCUGGCUUUGCACCCUGAUUGCAGGUGGGCAAUAGGCUGCAAUCAGUAGGCUGGUAGAUCUGCCUCAUUGCUUCUCUCAGGCUCCAUUUAGGAUUGCUCUGCCUGGAAUUUCUCUUUCUCUUGUUGCCAGUUUUCCUACAACCAGAAUACCAGAAGAAAGUUGUUUCACUGACUUUGCUCAUUUUCCUCCCUGGAGCAUUCCUUUUCCUGGCCACAAUGUUUGUGUUAGUGGAGAUGACAGAUACGGUGCGAAUUCCUCCAUGGCAGUUUGAAUGGAAACUUAAUGAUGCCAUCACUGAAGAAUUAAAUAAGAAGUUAGCCAAUAAGGUUGUGUAUAAUGUUGGCCUCUGCAUCUGCCUGUAUGACAUCACAAAACUGGAAGAUUCCUACAUAUUCCCAGGAGAUGGUGCAUCACACACCAAAGUGCAUUUCCGUUAUGUUGUAUUUCAUCCCUUUCUGGAUGAAAUUCUGGUUGGUGAGAUAAAAGGCUGCAGUCUGGAAGGAGUUCGUGUUUCUCUUGGGUUCUUUGAUGACAUUAUCAUCCCUCCAGAAUCACUACAGCAACCUGCUAAGUUUGAUGAAGCAGAACAAGUGUGGGUUUGGGAAUAUGAGACUGAAGAAGGAGCCCAUGACUUGUAUAUGGACACAGGGGAGGAAAUUCGUUUCCGUGUGGUGGAUGAAUCCUUCAUUGACACAUCCCCAACAGGUCCAAGCUCUGCAGAGCCUUCUACCUCUAGUGCGACGGAGGAGGUACAGAAGAAAGAGGCUCCUUACACUCUUGUGGGAUCUAUCAGUGAACCUGGCCUAGGUCUCCUAUCCUGGUGGACAAACAGUUAGCUAAGAGAGAUUCUUCUGAAAAAUGGAGACUUUCCAAAUUGAAAAAGCAAGCUGAUGCCCUUUUUCUCUGCCUUGACCAGCAGCUGAAAAAUAGAAGCUGUGUUUUCCCAUUUCUGCUUAGCACUAGACUGCUCUAGAUCUACAAAAUGAGUGGGAGCAGUGUAAUGUCAUCAGCACAGAUUAAAUGAAGAUCAUAGUCCAAGCAGCAUAACCUCAGGAAGUUCUAAUGCUUCUACACACCAUAACUAGGUUCACGCACCUAAGAAGAAUCUCUUAUUAUGGGGGGAAUUGGUGUAGACUUUGUGUUUUAAAACAGAUGCAAAAAGUCAUGUUGAAGGAGAACAUUUGCUUGGAAGAAACUAGUAUAUUACUCUGUCAGAUCCUGUUUCAAGAAGGCGGGGGGGGGGUGAUGUUGCAGAAUUCAGCACUCAUUUAAAUGGGUUUGUUUCAUUUAUGUGUCAGAUGGAGGUGGUUCUAAGACCAGCAUGGGAAAUCAGUUGGCAAACUCAGCUCAUUCACCUUCAAAGAUGGCAAAUUGUGAUGAAGACUAGCAAAGCUAGAAAAAGUAUAUGAUCUAGAAAGAUCUACCUUAUCUGUAUAGCUUGUCAAACUUCUGGAAGGACCUAAGUGAGUUGGAAGCUACUUGAUUAAGUCUUGGCAAGAAGAAUGGGCAGAAUAGAACAGCCUAAGUGUUGCAUAACAGUCCAAUAUCUGCAGUUGAUAAGUGGAAUAUUUAGAAAUUAAACAAGCAACAAACCUUUGUUAGUUGCCCUCCUUGUGCAGCGAUCACUGCUAAGCCCUAAUGUUUGCGAUCUAAGAAAUGUGGUUGGUGUUUAAUAAUAAAUAUUGGAAAGAUAGCUUCGGUUGAACAAUGGAUAAGCUAAUUAUAAAUAGAAAGGAGUUUUCAACAAAAAAAAUUCUGGACAAAAUGUUUAUUUAAGCAUGAAACAUUGUAAACAAUUUUAACUACAAAUUAAACUGCUUUAAUACAAAUUCCAAGAUAAA